AAAAGUGAACAUGUUGCGACAUGCUUGGCUCUGGGCAUUGCUGUCGCUGAUAACGGUCAGAGGCGCGGACGUUGAUAACAUUCCAAAGAUUUUGGAUAAAUGUAGAAAUAGAUGUCAGUGCUGGUUCCGGAACGGAACAUCCCUGGAAUUACUAAGCUCAGCGAAUUGCUUGAACUUCUGUGCGGAUGAUCAUACGAAGCCCUGCUUCGACUGGGUCAAGUGCAUUACAAAAGGCGACAACUGUCAAGUAUUUUGCAGUUCAUUAGCGUAUAACUGUAUAGCGCGGGACUAUGUUGUCAAGGAUGCCAAUGGAUCGGGCAAUCUCAAAUGGCUCGCCUACAUUGGUUAUGCUCUGCUUGGGCUGCUGUGUGUUUUAGGCAUAAUUAUUCUCGUUGUGAAGAGGAAGAAAUUCUUUUAAACGCAAUCAAUUUAUUUAUUAAU